UUCUUUUAUAUAUUUGUUUAUUGAAAAUUCAUUGUUUAUUAAUAAAAUUGUCUCCCGUGGAAAGAUGAGCAAUUGUUUCGAUGGAAAGAGCAAUUCUUUUGUAGAUGACACAGCACGUUUCAUGCAUUAUUUCAGAAUUUCCGUAUUUUUAAAAGUUCCCAGCCUUUCAUAAAAGUCACAAAACGUUUCAAAAAGUUUUCUGUAUAUUUCUCGGGAAAAAAGAGCAAUUAUUUUAGCUAUGUUUCAUUGUAGUGGUUGAUAUGGUGAACCAGCUUCACACGGGUAGUUGCAGCGCCAUAUGUAACUUGAUCAGAUCCUAAGUGAUCUAAAGGAUCUAUGUGAUAUGAACUGUUUUUAUAAAGCUUAAAAAUCAUUAUAUAUAUUAUUUUUAUUUAGCAUCUUCAGGAUGAGAUUGAAAGAUAUUUAUAUUACACAUGAAAUGCAAAACAUUUGUUUACAACAAAUAAUAAUUUAACAGUUUAUAACCUCAAAGUGUGAUAACCUUUCUUAAAUCUUUUCACCUUACCGGUAAAAUGAUUACUCCUUUUUUAAAUGUUAACCGUACAUUUACAACCGCUGUAAGAUGUAAGCGGCGGGUUGUAGUAACAGGAAUGGGAAUAUUGUGUCCACUAGGAGUAGGUACAGAAAAUUCCUGGAAUAAUCUUCUUAAUUGUAAGUCUGGUGUUACCAAACUAACUGAUCCAGAUUAUGAUAAACUACCUUGUAAAAUUGCGGCAUUAGUACCAAAAGGAAAUGCUGCUAAUGAGUUAGACAUACAGUCACAUUUCCCAAGUGGUGAAUUACGUAAAAUGUGUCCUGCUACAGCUUAUGCUUUAAUAGCUACAGAAAUGGCAUUAGAAGAUGCAAAAUGGAAACCAAACGAUGAAAUAGACAAGCAAGACACAGGUGUAGCAGUUGGAAUGGGAAUGAUAGAUUUGGUUGAUGCAUACAAAACAUAUGAAGCACUACAGAAAGGAUACAACAAAGUCAGUCCUUACUUUAUACCCAGGAUUCUGACUAAUAUGGCUGCAGGACAAAUUAGUAUUAAAUAUGGUUUUCGUGGACCAAAUCAUUCUGCGUCAACAGCAUGUGCAACUGGAGCACAUGCAAUUGGUGAUGCAUUUCGUUUUAUCCGUGGAGGACAAACAUCUGUAAUGGUGUGUGGUGGAACAGAAGCAUGUAUAAGUCCUCUCUCUGUAGCUGCUUUUUGUAGACUUAGAGCAUUAAGUACUUCAAGAAAUGAUUGUCCACAUGAAGCGUCACGUCCAUUUGAUAAAGAUAGAGAUGGAUUUGUUAUGGGAGAAGGCAGUGCUAUAUUAGUAUUGGAAGAAUUAAAUCAUGCACUUUCAAGGAAUGCUAAAAUUUAUGCAGAAGUGUUAGGAUAUGGUUUGUCUGGUGAUGCAGCACAUUUAACUGCACCCAGUGAAGAUGGUACUGGUGCGAUAUUAGCUAUGGACAGAGCAGUAAAAGAUGCUGGUAUAGCUCCCAGAGAAAUUACUUUCAUCAACGCUCAUGCAACUUCAACUCCCUUGGGUGAUACUAUUGAAUUAAAAGCUAUAGAAUCAUUUAUGGGGCAACAUAGUGAAAAUGUAACUGUCACCAGUACAAAAGGGGCUCAUGGUCAUUUAUUAGGUGCAGCAGGAAAUUUAGAAGCAGCUUUCACUAUUCUAGCCAUCAAACACGGUGUGAUCCCACCAACAUUAAAUUUACAUAAUUUAGAUAAAGAAACGUGCUUGAAUUUUGCCCAAAAUGCUACAAAAGAUUGGAAGUCAGUAUCAAGACGUGUAGCUCUAAAAAAUGCUUUUGGCUUUGGAGGGACGAAUGCAUGUUUAUGCUUUGCAGAUUACGAAAAAUGAAAAAUUAUUAAAAGAAAAUAAGGUCAAAAAAUUAAAUCAAAUCAUGAAAAGAAGCAUAAUUACACGCAGCAUAAUAUGAACUAGUCAUUCCUUCAUAUACAUUAAUUAAUACAUACAUUGUAUCUACAAAAAAACGUCAAAUGUAGAUGUAUAAUUCUGUCUAUUCACAUCUUUUAUACAAUUAUUUAUUACGUGCAAUCAAAUUGGUUUAGCAAUUUUCUAGCUAAUACGUGCUUAUACAAAUGUUUAAUUAUACAAGCAUAAAGAAAUAAGUUUCCUUUAACUCUGAACACUGAUGUAGUACAUUCAUUUAUGGAUUAAUUUGAUAAUUUGUAAUUUCUGAAAACCAGAGUUAAUCGACAUUAUAUUUUCAAUUUAAUUCCUUUAUAAUUACAGUUUCAUCUACAAAGUUGUCUUUUAUUUCUUUUGAAUUCAGCUGCAUAGAAAACAACAAAAUUCAAGGCAUAAUCAUUUCAUGAUACCUCUAGUUUAUUAGAUGUAGUUUUCUGCUAGCAGAUAAACCAUAUCGUAUGACUUUUUUACGAUGUACAUCUCCAACGAUAUUUUAUUCACACAGGAAGGUUGACCUCCAAUAAUAACAAUUAUCCAAAAUA